AUGUUGGGGAUUGUAAUCAAUCUCCCUGCUUUGCUGCCCGGAUAUUUUGUCACUUGGACCUCAUCCUCUCCUCCAUUCGAGGAAGAGUGGCUAGAAGGAAUUCAACUGACAGUUCACUUCAAGGGUGAGAAAACCGAUCAACAAGAUGACCCCUUGCAAAAGUUACCCAUAUAUCGUCCCGAAGGUCGUUCACUUGGAGUCCUCUUUGAAGACAUCACGGUUCAUGGUGUUUCUGCUGGCGAAAAACGUGCUCAGGAUCUCUUACGAAUUUUUCAAGAUGUUUUCGUCAACUGGCCAACAGCUUUACUACGAGUUUCCGGUGUUCUGCCUCCUGGAGAAACGCUCCUAGUCCUUGGGCGUCCUGGUGCUGGAUGUUCGACUCUUCUUAGUGUACUCGCAAAUCAGCGUGCGCAAUUCGUAGAUGUUGAGGGUAGCGUGCAGUAUGGCGCAAUUGGGUCGGAUGAGAUGAAAACCCUUUACGGUUCCGAGGUGGCCCUAAACAACGAGGACGACAUUCAUUUUCCCAUAUUAAAAGUUGAAAACACCAUGCAGUUUGCACUACGUCUGCGCAGGCCAAAGUCCAAUUUGAAGACAGAUGCCGAGUUUGCUGAAUACUGGACUGACGAAAUCCUCGAUUCUCUUGGCAUCAAACAUACAAAAUCCACAAUUGUUGGCAACUCUUUUGUUAGGGGCGUAUCUGGUGGCGAACGCAAGCGUGUAUCAUUGGCUGAAGUUCUCAGCGCUGCUCCUGCCGUCGUUACAUGGGACAAUCCAUUAAGAGGCAUGUCAAGGGCAACUGGAAUGUCCAAUAUUGUCACAGCUUACCAAGCCUCUGAGAGUAUUUAUAGAGAAUGCUUUGAUCGUGUUCUGGUAUUGUAUGAUGGAUAUCAAAUUUAUUCGGGCCCUGCUGGCGACACUGCUAAGCGUUAUUUUACCGAUCUCGGUUUCGAAUGUCCCCCUCGUCAAACGACACCAGAUUUCUUGACAGCUAUUACUUCGCCAGAUGAACGCCGUGUCAAAACUGGGCAUAGCCCCCCACCGCCACUUGAUCCUGCUGGUCUUGCUGAUGCUUUUCGAAAGAGCUCACAUUGCCAGGAUCUUUCAAGAGAUAUUGGACAAUUCCGUGAAAAGCAUUGUGACGUGCUGAGUGCCGCAGCCUUCAAGUCCGAAGUAGCUGGAUCCAAGCACGAGUUUACUCACCCAAAGGCUCUCGCGCUUAGGUCUUUCCCUACUCAGGUCGUGGUCGCUAUGCGACGACAUUAUCAACUUGUCUGGGGAGCUUGGAGGUCGCUCGCCAUUAUUCUCACCCUAAAUGCGGUAAACGCUCUUAUCACAGGCUCUGCAUUCUAUAAGAGAUCUCUAACAGCGACUGGAGCAUUCGAGCUCAGCGGGUGCUGUCUUCUUCGCCCAGAUAUACUUCUGCCUAAACGCUUUAGGGGAAACAGUUUCCACGCCGUUUCGGCAGUUGCUCUCAAUAUUGCCGAGUUACCGGUGUGUUUUGCGCAGACCGUUCUUUUCACUCUUCCAUAUUACUUUCUCGUCUUUGCAAACCCAACAGCAGCCGGAUACUGGUUUUUCGAAUUUUUGAUUUUCGUUUUCUAUGCUAGUCAAUUGGCACUUUUUCGAAUGCUGGGUGCAUGGUCUCCGAAUAUACCGGUCGCUCUCUUAUUGGGUGGUGCAGCUAUGCCGGUCGGGUUAAGUCAUUCAGUCCAAGUCCAUAUUCACUGGAAGCGACAAUGGGGAUUUCUUAUGAAAGAUGAUACUCUUCAUUGUAGCUCUGGCCAAUUGGUCCCAAAUGGAAUAGGAUACGAUAAUAUAAAAAUAGCCAAUCAAGGCUGUCCCAUCUCAGGAAGCUCUUCAGGAUCCUCGACCGUACCAGGCUCAACGUAUCUACUCGCCCAUUUCGGUUAUCGCCCAUCUAAUGCGUGGCGAAAUUUCGGGCUCAUCUUAGUCUUCUGGACUAUCUACACCGGUUUAACAGCUGUUGGUUUGACUUUGAUGACGAAGAAUCGGGGCGGAGGUGGUGCAAGUCGUGUAUUCAAGCGAGGAGCUGUCAUCCCUGACGAUAUUCGAGGCGAAGAAGAAUUUCGCGAAAAAGAAUCCGAUUUAGAAUCUCAAGGAAAUCCAUCUGCUAUUCAUCCUCAGGGGAAUGCCCAGAGUCUUAAUGACUCUAGCAGUACUUUGUCCGCAAAUGCCGCUGGUUGGACUGAAAAUUCGAAAAAUAGUUCUAGACCUUCAUUUACCUUCUCAAAUGUCUCUUAUUACGUUCAAGUCGAUGGGGAGAACCGACAGCUACUCACAGAUAUAAGUGGAUAUGUCAGGCCUGGUCAACUCACAGCCCUCAUGGGAGUUUCUGGGGCCGGAAAAACUACUCUUCUCGAUACACUUGCCCAACGCAAAGAUACGGGUAUCGUGACCGGCGACAUGAUGAUUGGAGGUCAGCCUGUUGCCAAUCUAGGGGCAAGAUUCUCUCGGGCUUGUGGAUUCUGUAUGCAGCAGGAUGUUCAUGAUUCAGGAGCUACAGUCCGCGAAGCUUUAAUUUUCUCGGCGAUGAUGAGGAGGCCAUUGUCGGUAUCGAAAAAGAGAAAGAGCGCAUGUUGA